GCGUCAGAAAGAGCUGGAGGAGAAGUUGAUCGAGGAGGAGGUGGCGCGGCGGGUGGAGGCCCUGGUGAAACAGCGGGUGGAGGAAGAGCUGGAGAAGCGCAAAGACGAGAUUGAGGCGGAGGUGCUGCGGCGGGUGGAGGAGGCCAAGAAGAUCAUGGAGAAGCAGAUGCUGGAGGAGCUGGAGAAGCAGCGGGAGGCCGAGCUGGAGGCCCAGCGGGUCAAGGAGGAGGAGGAGAAGAAGAAGCGGGAAGAGCUGGAGGCCAUCAUGGUGGAAAACAACCAGAAGAUCGAAGAGGCUCAGCGGAAAUUGGCGGAGGAGCAGUUGAAGUUGGUGGAGGAACAACGAAAGAUGCUGGAGGAGAAGCAGCGGAUGGAGGAGGAGGACAAAAGACGCUCCAAGAAGGAUCAGGAGAUGAUCCUCAACAAGAAAAACGCCCGACCCAAGCUCUCCUUCUCCCUGGCCGGCAAAUAGCCCCGGCCGGCCACCGUCGUCACCGCCUACUCCUCGUUGAUCACCAUGGAUGAUCUCGCUCGCUCUCUCUUCUCUGCGUGUGUGUGUUUGUGUGUGUACCGCGUCUGGCCAUAUUCUGAAGUUGCAGCAGGCUGUCUGUCGUCGUCUUGCCCGAGAGCCGACUUCUUCUGAGAGCUGGAGCAUUGUCGGUCAGCAGGAGUGGACGCUGGAGCAUUGUGGGUCAGCAGGAGUGGACGCUGGAGCAUUGUGGGUCAGCGGCACUGAACACUGGCUGGACCCGCGGCAACCCGUGAUGCACUCACUCGGCCGAUGUUUGUUUGAUCAUUAGCCUUGCCAUCAUCCACUGUGUACAAUAUGUGAAGGGUGUUGCUGUGAGCCUGUCCUGCACAUAGGGCUGGAAGGAAAGUGCAGAUGAAUAUUUUGUAUUUCUUAGAAAACUUUACCAAAGUCUCCCGUGCACACACAAGUAAUGCUGUGGUGGGACAUUUUCUUUGAUUGUUUAGAUGGGUGGGUGUGUGGUGAAACAGUUGGGAGAGGGGGGGGGGGUUGGACUGAAGUGCGUCCAAACUGAAACACGGGAUGGCUGUUAAAAGAGAAGUUCUGUUUUUCUCUCCUUCGGUUGUAAACAAAACUGCUAAAUGUUGUUGAUCAAGUGUGCAUCACAGCAGGGUUGUGUUGUUGGGUCUAGACUCAGGUGAUGUGAUGAAAAAACACAGGAGAGUCCCAGCCCUCUCUAGCAUGAUGUUCACUUCAGGCUACGUGCUCUAAAGCAAUAUUCUUCAUCCUGCACUUUCCUUUGUGCUCCUCGUGUGUUUGUCGAAACUGGUUUUCUUCAUUCAUGUCUCUUGAGCUCGUCUCUUCAAACAAAGGAUAUUUGUGAGGUCAGGCCAAAAUACAGCAGUGCUCGUUGAGUUGAUGAUGUCACAAAUUGUGGGUGGGGAUGGACGUUGGAAUCUUGUAACACAUUUGGUCAAGUACUCGAGACUAGUACCGUGGGCAAGGUUCAGUGGUCAGUCAUAGACCUAGCAGAGUCUUUUCUGCCAGCUCGUUUGUACAGCGCAGGGUGCUAGUGUUUUUGUACUCACCCUUUGUAGUUCUGGCUGUUCUGUUCUUGGCUCGGACUUCUUGAGCAUCGUUGAGUGGGUUGUUUUGUUGGGGGGGUUUUCACACGAUUUUCAGACAAAACUUGUUGAAUGGCAGAUGUUUGUACUAAUAUGUCUGCUCUGUGAGUUGAGUCGCAGUUUGGGAGAGUGCACCAAUUUCCAUAAACAGCUGUUGAAGCUUUGAAAGCUUUUCUUGUGAUUCCAGUUUUUGGGACAGAGUGUUUCAUUUUUGGUGGGGGGGGGGGUCCUGUUAGUUUUGGAUGCAUGGAAAUUGUGCAACCCAAGGUGCGUACUCAGCUCCAACUUUCAUUUAGUGGACGAAAGAUGGAGGAUGUUGUAGCUGUCGCGCUUAAGGCAUCAAAGUUAGUGGAGAUUUAUUUUGCAGGAUGAGAGAGCAAAAGGUUGGGUGUAAAGCAUUGACAGUCAAACGUUUUUCCCUCUCACGCACUGGGACUCCUCAUUGGGCAGAAGAAAUUUGAAUUGUAAUACGCCUUUGUGAAUGAAACGGUCAGGGUGUAGACCAUGUUGGUAUGGAAAGAACAGUUCUCUAACCUAUAAGGUUGGCCAUCAUUUGAUUCACUUCUUUCAUGAUUCAUUCCAUUUUUUUGUUUUCUAAGUGCCCGCAACAUCCUCGAUCUUGAUCAUGCUAUGUAUGUUUCCACAGCUCCUUGGGCAGGUAAGUGGCAGCUUACUCUAGUUAUUUUGUUGUAGUUUUUGUUUGUUAAAAAUUGUUGUCCUCAUUCUAAAAGUGAGACUGGUGAUUUAUGGGUGUGGCCUGUUCCUAUCCCAUAUUUUGUCAGUUACACUUUUACUUCACGAGGCAAGAAUAAGAUAUCUGCCGUUCAGCAAACAUCCACCCAGCCCCUUUUUCUUCAUGUCAUCUAGCAAAUUGUAUAAUUUUGUGUUCAUUUGGAGACUGAUCGUUUUGUUUUGUACCCAAUGACUUUGUUUGAUCUUUGCUUACUUUUGGACAGUUAUCUGGGAGAGUGCUAGUGUAUCUAGUGUGCAUCGUGUUUGUUCUGGUUUCUGGUUUUGUUUUUUUAACACAUUUUUGUAUGAGUUUUUGUAUUUGCCACAAAUCUGAUGAUGAAGGAAACAGUUGUAAUGAAAAGUUAUUUAAAAACCCCACCCCCACCCCCACUGAAAUUGCACAGAUGUUUUUGAGCUGCUCUUGAAAAAAGAAAGGCAGGAUUUGAUGUUGGGGAAAUCUGUGUUGAUGGUGACAUUUUCUACAUGAUCUGAUAAAAAAAACAAUUGUAGUGAUUUUUGGAUUUUUGGGUGGUUGUACCAUCUGCAUCAUGUGGAAAAAUGAGUGAUGGAUGGACAAGUGUCAGGUGUACCCCAUGUAUAGAUAGAUAGAUAGAG